CUCUCCGCGCCCCAACAAGCUGCACGCCCUCCCACUCCCCUCGCCCAAUCGAUGCCGAUCGAGCUGGAGGCGCCCUUCUGGGGCUUCAUGGGCGCCGCCUUCGCCCUGGUCUUCUCGAACAUGGGCGCUGCCUAUGGCACCGGCAAGUCGGGGAUCGGCAUCUCGACGCUCGGCGUGGGCCAGCCCGAGCUCAUCAUGAAGAGCAUCGUUCCGGUGGUAAUGGCGGGUGUGCUCGGCAUCUACGGCCUCAUCAUCGCAGUCAUCAUCUCCAACGAGGUGACCACCGUCGAUCAAAAGGCCCCCUCGUACACCACUUUCAAGGCGUUUGCACACUUUGGCGGCGGGCUUGCCUGCGGCCUGAGCGGUUUGGCUGCUGGUAUGGCAAUCGGCAUUGUCGGGGAGACGCUGACGCAGGCGUCGGCAGCGCAGCCGAAGCUGUUUGUCGGCAUGGUGCUCAUCCUCAUCUUCGCCGAAGCGCUCGGCCUCUACGGACUCAUCGUCGGCCUCAUCCUGUCGGCUAAAGCCAGCUCCUGAAUCCGCUCUUGAAGCGCGCCGCCGGCCGUGGCGCAGAGGCGUGAGCGCCGCGCCGCACGGCCGUCGCCGCCAGUCUGCUGCGCUCCCCGCCGUUUUGCUUUCGCCGGGUGAUCCGCCGCGCGCUGCGCGCUGGCGCUGGCCGCUGCCUCUCUCUUCCCCCGCGGCUGCCCCCCUUAGCCUGUGACUUUGUGAGAGGAGAGCGUCGGGCAGCGCGCUCGGCGCAAGGGAGGGCAGGUCGACUGGAGUAGAGGCCCUGUACGUUGCCUGGUAUGGAUAAAAUGAAGACAG